CCAAUGGCAAUGGACAAGCCUGUCUGUCUGAUUGAGAACACGAGCCAGGAUGAAUUGCAGGUGAACCAGGAGGCCCUGAACAUCUUGAGCUCCAUCAAGCAGCCUGUGGUGGUGGUGGCCAUUGUGGGCAUGUACCGCACUGGCAAGUCUUACCUGAUGAACAGACUGACUGGGAAACGCACAGGGUUCUCUCUGGGCUCCACCAUCCAGUCUGAGACAAAGGGCAUCUGGAUGUGGUGUGUGCCUCACCCCUGCAAAAACAAUUGCACACUGGUUCUGCUGGACACUGAGGGCCUGGGGGAUGUGGAGAAGGGAGACCAGACCCAUGAUACUUGGAUCUUUGCACUGGCUGUCCUAUUGAGCAGCACCUUUGUCUACAACAGCAUGGGCACCAUCAACAACGAGGCUGUGAUGAGUCUGCACUACGUGACGGAGCUGACAGAGCACAUCAAGGUGAAGUCCAGCAGGGAGAAGGAGGAGGAGACGUCCUCUGAGUAUGUGCGCUUCUUCCCCUCCUUCGUGUGGGCCGUGAGAGACUUCACCCUGGAGCUGGAGCUGAACGGGAGGACCAUCACAGCUGAUGAGUACCUGGAGAACUCGCUUAAGCUCUUGAAAGGUCACUCAAAACAAAUUGCGUUCAGCAAUGCGCCCCGCGAAUGCAUCCGGAGUUACUUCCCCAGUCGGAAGUGCUUUGUGUUUGACCAGCCUGCUCCUAAAGAAAAACUGAAGGUGAUAGAGCAGCUGAGUGAUGCUGAUCUGGAACCUGCAUUUGUCAAACAAACGUCUGACUUCUGCAAUUACAUUUUCAACCACUCCAAGGAGAAAACCAUCACAGGGGGAUUCACAGUCACCGGAACCAUGCUGGGCAACCUGGCAGUGACAUAUGCGGACGCAAUUCGAAGUGGGCAGGUUCCGUGUCUGGAGAACGCAGUGCUGGCACUGUCACAGAUCGAGAACUCUGCUGCAGUUGAGAAGUCACACGCCCUCUACAGGCAGCUGCUGGGAGAGCGAGUGAAGCUGCCCACUGAGACACAGGAGGAGCUCUCCAGUGUUCAUGAGGGCUGCCUGAAGGAGGCGCUGCAGCUGUUCAUGGCCCGCUCCUUCAAGGACAAGGACCAGCUGUUCCAGAAAGACCUCAUGGAGCGUAUCAAGGAGGAGUAUGAUAGAAAGUGUCAGGAGAACGCAGAUCUCUCCAGGAAGCACUGCAUUACUCUGCUGCAGCAGCUGUGGGAGUCUCUGGACCAGGAGUCCUUCAUGAGGCCAGGAGGAUACGCUGACUACAGAGUCCAGGUGGACUCCAUCAUUCAGCAGUACAGAAAUGCACCUGGCAAAGGCAUACAGGCUGAAUAUGCUCUGGAGAUCUUCAUGAAGGACAAAAAUGACUUGGGCCUGUCCAUUCUAAAAGCAGACAAAAACCUCACAGAGCAGCAGAAGAAAUUAGAGGAGGAGAAAGCAAAUGCAGAGAUGGCGAGAUUUAAGGCAGAGGUGGCCAGGAAGGAGCAGGAGGAUAUGGCAAAAAGACUGGAAGACGCAGAGAAGGCCCACAGAGAGAAUGAACGGCAGCUGUUAGAGAAGAUGGAGAAGGACCAAAAAGCUGCCUUUGAGGAGCAUUCAAGAGUUCUCGACCAGAGGCUGAAGGAGCAGAAAGCCCUGAUGAUGGAGGGCUUUGAGUCAAAGGCCAGGCUCAUGGAGGCGCAGAUCCAGUCCCUGCGCUCAGAUCUUGCAGCAGCGAGGAGCGGUGGAGGAAUCUGUGUGCUCCUUUAAUUACUUCCUGCAGAGCAAAGGAAACGCUGCACUCUGAUAGUACAUCAGUAUGUCAAAGUUAAGUCUAUGUGAGUUUAAUGUAUGUUAUACAAAAUUAUUUUAGACUUUUAAAUUAUUCACACCAACUAUCAUUUUGUGCCACCAACAUCUGAGACUCAGAGUGUCCAAAUUAGCUGUUUGGAAAACAGCCCAAGUCAGUGACGCUUGCAAGGAUCAAUUUAUUAAAAUUUUAUUUCAUAGUCCAAACAAUCACUUUCCCUUGGUUUUCUGUUGUCAUACUGUUGAUCCAUCCACGGUAUCUUAUAUUGUUUUGUUUUUUUUCUGUGAGUGGUAUUUAGUUGGCUGGCAGUGUUUUUAAGGAAAGUCAGUCGGUGUUGGUCGUGCCACCAACCUUUGCACCACUUUAUAAAAUCAGUGUUAAGCUGCAAUAUUUAUGUAUUUAGACAUGUAUUCAAAUGACUAUGUACCCCUUUUUGGUAGAAUGACAGGCACGUGCUA